AUGAGGUUGUCAGCCACAACUCUCAGAGAACUGCUCAUCUCCUCACAUCAAGAGAGCCUUCGACUUGUCCACGAAGCCUCGAGUCGGCGACGCGCUCCCUCGUCCUCCACGCAUGUGUUGACAUGGCUCCGGCAGAGCGAGCCCGAGACCCUGGAGGUUUCCCGAGCUGCAGAGCUCUUUCAAACAACGCUGCAAGUCCUCACGAACACGGCGAGACAGAGAUAUAAAAGAGACCUCACGGCCGCAGCGCUGCUUUCCUGGGAGGACGUGGAGCUGAUCGCAGAGCUGUCCAAAUGUCCUCCUGCAGCACACCCAGCCAUCUGUCUGCAGAGUCAUCGCAGCAGAUACCGCUCCAUAUCGGGCCUCUGCAAUAACAGGCAAAACCCUCUCUGGGGAGCAGCCAACACGCCCCUGGUCAGGUGGCUUCCAGCUGAAUACGAAGACGGAGAGAGAGAACCCAAGGGUUGGAACCGAGGACGGCUCCAUAAUGGAUUCCAGCUUCCUCCGACCGGUGAUUCUGCCACCCGUGCACACAGCUGCAUGCCCUUCCAUCGCUCCAGACCAGCCUGCUUGGUCAAUGUCGGCUCCGAUAUUCAACAAGCUGUGCAGCAACAGCAGCUGAACGCCAUCACGUCGUUCAUUGACGCGUCGGUUGUGUACGGCCACACUCCGAGGCUGGAGGGCUUCCUCCGUGACCUCGCCGGCCUCAAUGGGAAACUUGCUGUCAACGAGCAAUUUAGGGAUCCCAAGGGAAGACCCUACCUUCCAUUCGUGUCCACUCUGCCAUCGGCCUGCCUGCAGAGCCUGCACGGGAAGAGGGUGGAGUGUUUCAGUGCCGGGGACAGUCGGAUCAACGAGGGUCUGCCUCUGACCUGUCUGCAUACGCUGUGGCUCCGGGAACACAACCGGAUUGCAGAGGAACUGAAACUCAUGAACGCUCACUGGAGCCCGGAGACUAUUUAUCAAGAAACUCGCAAGAUUAUCGGAGCUCUGCACCAGAUCAUAACCAUGAGAGAUUAUGUUCCGAGAAUCAUCGGCCAGGAGGCCUUUGAUUAUUACAUAGGGCCCUACCGGGGGUAUGAUCCCACCACGGACCCCUCUGCCUCCAACGUGUUUGCCACCGCGGCGUUCCGGUUCGGCCACGCCACCAUCUCCCCCGUCCUCAGGAGGCUGAACGAGAGCUCCCAGGAGCACGAGCACUUCGCCGACUUGAGGCUGCAUAACACUUUCUUCAGUCCAUGGAGAAUAGUCAAAGAAGGUGGAAUUGAACCAACCCUGAGAGGUGCGUUUGGGACCGCGGCAUCGGCUGCUAGCGCAAACAUGCUGUUGACGCAGGAGUUAACAGACAGGUUGCUGGUGUUGAAUGUGCCACAAUCCAUGGACCUGGCGUCCCUGAACCUGCAGAGAGGACGAGAUCACGCCCUCCCAGGAUACAACGACUGGAGAUCGUUCUGCAGACUGGAUCCCAUUGAGACAAUGGAUGGCUUCAAAGAGGUUGUGAGAGACUUCAGGGUUGCAGAGAAGAUCGCACAAAUAUACAAACAUCUGGAUAAUAUUGACGUGUGGCUUGGAGGGCUCGUUGAAUACAUGUUGCCAGGCUCAAGAACUGGUCCCCUCUUUGCUUGCCUGAUCGGAAAACAGAUGAAGGCACUGCGGGAUGGCGAUAGGUUUUGGUGGGAGGCUGACGGGAUGUUCAGCCAGCCACAGAAAGAGGAGCUCUUGAAGGGUUCUCUGUCUCGGAUCAUCUGCGACAACAGUGACAUCAGGGAAGUCCCUCCUGACUCUUUCAGGUUCGGGAAAUACCCCGACGACUACGUCUCUUGUGAUCACGUCCCAACGAUAAAUCUGGACGCUUGGCAAGAGGAGAAGAGCCAAGACUUGGAACAGUGCGGCGCUCCUCCAACGAUAAAGAAUGGGGAUUUUAUUAUGUCUUCGACAAAUGGAAAACUGGUCGCUCUGUACUCCUGUUACCAUGGUUUCAAGUUAAAGGGUGCGGCUGCAAUAGUUUGCAAGGGAUAUCAAUGGAGUGAUCAAUCCCCACGAUGUACAGGGAAUCCUCACUAACUUGUUGACACUGCAGCAGAUACAGAAGCGCUUCAUAGUUUUAUUACCACGCUCAGGGAAACGUUGUAAUCCUUGUUAUCUUUUUCUCAUAUUUCAUGAUUUUUCUAAUUAACGUUUUUUGGGGGGGAGGGGAAAUUGAAUAAGAAACUCGGUCAAAAGUUAUUUAAUUAAGUUGCUGAUUUUAUAUUAUUCCAUUCCAUUAUCCAUACCACUGGAGCCGAUCCCAGCUGACAUUGGGCGAAGGCAGGGUUCACCCAGGACAGGUCGCCAGCCCAUCCAGGGCAAAACAUAUACAUACAACCAUUCACACUCACACACAAUUUAGAGAUCAAUUAACCUGAGCUGCAUGUCUUUGGACUGUGGGAGGAAGCCUGAGAACCCGGAGGGAACCCACGCUGCCACGGGGAGAACAUGCAAACUCCACACAGAGGAACCGACCGGGAAUUGAUCCCACGGUCCUCUUGCUGUCUAGCCACUACACCGCCGUGCAGCCCCAAUUUUUAUAAACAUUUUAUAUAAUGACAGCUGCUAAUAUUGAAUCACCUGUUUUACAUUUUGUAGACUAUUAAUGUCCUUAGCUAAUUGCAGUAAAUGUCAUUUUUGUUCAAUAAAAAUAU